UGGACGGCUGCUCUGACGCGAAAUUAGCGCCCGUUUAGCUACGGUUCUGUGCUAACUCCCGCAGCUCCUUUGUUGUGAUUCUGCCAUAAUAACCCAUAUUAUCACACAAACGCGCGAUUGUGCACAUUUCGAAGAUGAGCGGUGGAGUGUACGGGGGCGAUGAGGUGGGAGCUCUGGUGUUCGACAUUGGCUCAUACACAGUGAGAGCUGGCUACGCAGGAGAAGACUGUCCCAAAGCUGACUUCCCCACAGUGAUUGGCGUGACACUUGACCGUGAUGAUGGCACCACCCCGAUGGAGACAGAUGGCGACAAAAGCAAGCAGAGCGGUACCACUUACUACAUCGACACCAACCAGCUUAGGGUUCCGCGGGAGAGUAUGGAGGUCAUGUCUCCCCUCAAGAAUGGCAUGAUUGAAGACUGGGACAGUUUUCAAGCCAUUUUGGAUCAUACCUACAGGAUGCACUUCAAGUCAGAACCUAGCCUGCAUCCAGUACUAAUGUCAGAAGCAUCAUGGAACACACGGGCAAAACGAGAAAAACUCACUGAACUGAUGUUUGAGCACUACAACAUUCCUGCCUUCUUUCUCUGCAAAUCAGCUGUGUUAUCUGCCUUCGCUAAUGGGCGGUCUACAGGCUUAGUCCUGGACAGCGGAGCCACACACACCACAGCCAUCCCGGUGCAUGAUGGCUACGUCCUGCAGCAAGGUAUCGUCAAGUCACCCCUGGCUGGAGACUUCAUGAGCAUGCAGUGUCGAGAACUUUUCCAAGAGUUAAAUGUUGAAAUAAUUCCUCCUUACAUGAUUGCUUCAAAGGAUGCAGUGCGAGAGGGUUCGCCGGCCAGCUGGAAGAAGAAGGAAAAACUACCUCAAGUCACCCGCUCGUGGCACAACUACAUGUGCAAUUGUGUCAUCCAAGACUUUCAGGCAUCUGUGUUGCAGGUGUCCGACUCACCGUAUGACGAACAGGUUGCUGCCCAGAUGCCCACGGUGCACUAUGAGCUACCCAACGGCUACAACUGUGACUUUGGGGCAGAGAGGUUAAAAAUACCUGAGGGCCUUUUUGACCCAUCUAAUGCCAAGGGUUUGUCUGGAAACACAAUGUUGGGAGUGGGCCACGUGGUGACAACCAGCGUGGGAAUGUGCGACAUCGACAUUCGACCGGGUCUAUAUGGCAGCGUAGUGGUGACGGGAGGAAAUACACUGAUUCAGGGCUUCACUGACCGCCUAAACAGAGAACUCUCCCAGAAAACGCCACCGAGCAUGCGACUGAAGUUGAUAGCCAACAAUACCACCGUGGAGCGAAGGUUCAGUGCAUGGAUCGGAGGCUCCAUCCUAGCAUCACUUGGUACCUUCCAGCAAAUGUGGAUAUCCAAACAGGAGUAUGAGGAAGGAGGAAAACAGUGCGUUGACAGAAAGUGCCCUUGAUUUGACACUUGACUGACCCCUAACCUCAAAAUAUGACAAACCACCCGAUAAAAUUCAUUUUGUAUUUUUUUUUUUUAAAGUUUGUGUGUGUGUAGCAAUAUUCACAUUUACAAUUUUGUCUAUCACUUUAAGUGACAUUAAAUGUCUUUGCCAUAAUUUGUGUGAAUUAUCUUUAACAAUGGUUUUUUUUCGUCAGUCAAGCUUACAAAAAAUGUAAAGGUUGGCUGCCUCUGUGCAUAAAUGCACUUAAAACAUGCGUCUUAACUUUUAGAGGCAGCAUUUGCUGUGUGCUCAAGAAUUUGCAUAUAACAUAACACCUCGUCCAUAUUAACACACUUGCAUUCCAAGCCUGUAAAAUGAGCUUGUCAAUACUGGACAACAUUGUACAGUUGAGAAAACGUGUAAACACGGUACAUUUCUGUGCCCUUUUGUUGUUUCUGUUCACAACACAUUCCGUUAUAAUAAAGAUGCACAAAAGAUAAACAUUUACUUUUUGAAAAUAAUUUCAUCUAAAUGAACAGACUUGUGGAAACAAUACAUUGACCAGUUUCGCAUCCAUCUUUUAUUGCUGAAAAGUAUUUAGAGCAAGUCACUCAGCGUUUAAUGUAGUCUAGUGACAUUGGUUGUGUUGACUUUGUUCGACCACCAGUUGACCAGUACACUAAAGCACCAAAUCUUCAAAUCUCAAGGAAAGCCUAAAGUCAUAUUUGAGAAAGGACUCUUUGUUUACUGUUCACUGGCUCCACAUUAUUGUGAAAUACUCUUGGAAAUGCAUUAAAAAAAAAAAAGAUUUUAUGUAAAGUUUAUCAUACAUAAUCACGUAAAUGUAUAUCUUUAUGGUCACUCAACAGAUUCAACCCAUCUACAAUGACCAUGACUUGUUCAGUACAACAUGAUUGAGGUUUUUAUGUAGCAGGAACCUUCAUCUGGGGGAACUUUUCUUUAAGUACAGCCAGCUUUUUCCUCUCCAUGUUUGCUUUCCGGUAUUUAGCCCGAAUGAACUUCUCAAUGCGCAACCUAACGUAAAGCAGCAGAGAGAUUCAUCGUAAAAGUACAGCUUUUAAAACAAGGAUAAAUGCUGCUUGUGUAAAGUGUCUUACCUGAUGUGCGGUUCAACAAAUGCGGGCGUGUAAAACUUCUUUCGCUUGUAGUGUUUAUUCAUAUACCAGGGAAUGGCAUACUCUUUGAAUCGAUACCUGGAGAAGAAAAUAAAAUAGUUUACCCGUGUGAAGGAACAAGAAAAAAUUCUCGUUAAAAAAUGUGUUGAUUUUAGUCAUGCUGCUUUUCCAGGGAGUGACAAAGCCCUUCUGUGAAGAUAAUCUAACUGAAUCCUCCUAAAAAAAAUUGUCACUUAAUAGAUGGCAAACAACUUUUUUUGAUUGCACAAAGUGAUGGUCUGAUUAAAUAAAGCUGCGCUGCUCAUUUUAAUAAAAUCGCCCAACAUCAAGAAGCUACCAGAUUCUGUGUCAAAGUAUAUAGUUCAUGCCAAAAUU